GUCCUGAACCCAACGCCUCGCAUUUGCCAGAGGUCAGGGUCCUCCUUUAAUUGCAUUGUUCUUGUCGGGGGUAUCUGAAGUGUUGUCGUAGCCCUCGAUGCCCGUUCGCGCGGUGCCAAGGUUCGAGCCAUUGCGUCGUCGAUGUGCAGAAGACCAGCAGAGCAAGUAAUUCAGAUGACAUCUCCGCCUGUGUCUGUUACGUUUGACCCUCCUCUGCCGCCUCCUCCUGCCUCAGCAUCUGCUUGUGCUGUGUGCACCGUCGCUCCUCUCCACGGCGGCUGUCCUUGCCAGGUGUUCUGCAUGCUCAAGACCGAGGCCAAUUUCGGCGUCAAGCUGAAGUGGGACCAGAUCGUGAAGGCGCUGGGUUCCUGCAAGGAGUGGGGUUGGCUGACGCAGGACCAGCUGGAUCUCUAUACCUCGAACAUGGAGUCGAUGGCGGUGGAG